AUGGCUAUUCAGAAAGAAGUUGACUUGAACGAACCUCUUGAUGCUCAUGAAGCACCAACCUUAUCGAAAACACCCUUGAAACCCGAAUUCGCCAAGGCUGCCCUUAUAUUACAUGGAGACACAUACAAGCAAUUACAAGCUAAGCUUAACCGGUUCAUCUUCUGGCAUCCAAUCGCCAUCAUCGCCUACUUCUUGUUGAUCCCAGCCGCAUUGCUCUACAACUUGUGGGAUUUUGUCGAAGUGUCUGACUCGGCCUGGGAAUUCUUCUUGCUUGGUAAAAAGAACCCCAAGGAUUUCAUCUAUGGUAUAAUUGCUGCAUUCCCCAUGGUUGCCGGUAUUUUCGCUACUUUUGGCUUAAUCACUUAUAUCAUGGGAGACGACAUUGGUAAUAUCACUUCAGCCUUUGUGGCUCAGAAAUACUGUGAUAAAGUGUUUGGUUUCGAUAUCAAGAAAUUCGCUCAGUUGACUGGUCAUGAAACCGACGUUGAUUCUAUCAAGUUAUUGAAGAAGGGAUUAAACACCCAGAUCAUCAUGUAUCGUGAGUCUCCAAUUGCCAUCUGCACCGUUGUCGUUGAUGAAGAACAACUGACUCCUGAAAGCUUCAUUGUCGAAAUUACCGGUCUUCAUGUCAGAAAAGUGUUUGAAAACGUCGAUUUCCACGAAUUGUUGAUUGAGUGGGCCGUGUUAAGAACAAGAGAGUUGUACGAAGAGUACGCCAAGCAAAAGAAGGUCAAGACGCAAGAAGGAACUAUUUUAAUCACCACUGAUGCUUACUCAUUUGACAAGAGAUUACAAACUUGCUUAUACAAUACUAAUUUCGGAGUCAUGUCCAAAGAUGUGGAAUUGAAUAGAUUCAGUGACACUUUAAAUAAGCCAAAGGAAAUUCUUCAUAAAUUGUUAGGUGUUUCCAGAGACACUUUUGGUUUGGCCUUGUCUACUGCCAAGGAAGAUGAACAAAUUGUUCACAACUUGGAAGGCAAGUUCUUGUCCACUGAAGAUGAAGUCGUCGACAAGCCACAACCAGUGCCGGCUAACAUCAGAAGAAGAAAGAAUUAG